AUGACGUUUCUUCGGUUUGUACUCUUCUUUCUGUGCGUUCAAAACGGAAGAGGAUCUGCUAUUAGAGGUAUGUUCAGUGUUUGGACGUUUCGCAACCGAGACACUUUAAGCAUAGCUGGUUGCGAAGUGUCUCUUACCCAUUAUGCAAUCUUUCAGCCAAAUCCUCACUGGGCCUCAUCGUCGACGACCUCUCAAUCCUUGCCCGAGUCACCAAUGCGAUCUCCCUCCAAGCGGCUUCUCAUCGCAAAGUCAUCAAAGUCCAAAACGUCGUUGCCGAGCUUCUAGGCGUCGAAAACGGCCAUUUCGCAACCGUUCUCGCAACCGACAUCCCGAAUAUCAACUCGACAAUCAAUAAUCUGUUCGAAAAGAGCAGUGCGCUCGUUGACAGUGACCCAACAAUCGGGGAACGGAUCGAAUCCGCCCGGAACAUUCUGAAGCUUCUCGUCAAGAUGAUGGACGAGAAGGACACUUUUGAGAGGGUCUCUGCAGAUUCGGACACCCUGAACUUCUUCGAUUCGGUUCACGACGACAAUCAGAUCAGGAAUGUGAUGUUCUGCGAGCAGACGGUCCUCGAGAACUUUUCCGAGUUCUUUCUCGACCGAAGGCGCACCAUCAAACUACUUUCGUACGGACUCAGUCGGGUAAUGGUCGGAAUGGGCGAGCGGGCCGAGGAACUUGCGCGGUGCAUCGAAAACAUUGACACGUUCGUCGAUUCGUUCGGACACGUGCCGAUCACGAAAAGUCUGAAACAACUGGAACAACUCGAGCAUCUGCACAGUGUCCUUGAGCAUUUCCAUGGACAACAACACGAUGAACUCGAGGAAUUCGGGGCGGAGAUUCAGAAGAUACGGGCGGAUUUGAGGAAGAGCGAAGGGAUCGCGAGCACGCAAAAUUUCAAGGCAAUCGAAGCCUACUCGGACUCUGGAUUCUACCAUCAGUUUCGUGAAUCUUCAAAGCUCACCGGAGCAUUUAGAGACAUCCGCGAUCUUGGAAAAGUUCAAAAUGACCUCAAAUCCAGUUGGUUUCAACACAAAAUCGCAAAGAAUCAGAGUACGAGUGAGUUGGACUCGGCGCUCUCCGACUUUUUCAAGUUCUCCGUUCAAAUGCAAAAACUCGGAGCAACCUGGAGCGCAUCGUUGGAAGAUUUCAAGAAAUUCGAGGAUAAUGUGAUAGAAGUUGGGGAGAGAUUGGACGGAAUUGCAAACUUUAAACAGGCCGAUGACGAUCAAGUUCUUGAAAAAUUCCAAAUGAUUUUCAAGGAUUGCUGGGGCAAACACACAAAACUCAAUGAUUCCAUGGCGGCUCUGGUGCUGCACGACUUUGAGGAUCCGUACGAAAUGCCAUUUGACAUUAUGGAGCACUCGCGGAGCAUUCUGGAACUGGUGAAGAACAUGCGAUUGAGUGUGGACAUGAAACAGUUUGUUCACUUUUUGAGAGAUAUGGCCAGACUCAAGGAUGUGAUACCGGUCGAGGACACCGUCAGACGCGUCGGUCUUUUCACUCAAGACCCCUACUUCCCGAGCUUUCUCGCGGUCAUAAUGAAAUUGAACGAAAUUUUCGACGCUCAACGGUCUCUGCUCAAAAGUGUCGAGAAAGUGCGGAACAGUUCGGAGAUCACGGCGGACACUUUCAAACUCAACACGUUUAUGGACGAAUCGAAAGCGCUGGAAGUGUUUGAGUGCUUUCACAGGAGCCCAUUCGAUGCUCCGAAAGUCGGCGCGAUUCUGGAGUUUUUGGGCAAUGUGAGCGAGUUUGCGAACAAGAAGAACGUGCAAAAGGCGCAGAAGCACUUGGAGAACAUUGGAAAAGUGCAGAGAGAAAUGAAAAGUGUGCGAGAAUCGAUGAAAGAGGAGGAGAUCAAAGGGAACGGCAGUCUCGUGCUCGCGUUCAAGAAUUCGGAGGACUUGGCUCUCGGCUUCUCGCGGGGCGUCUCGGCUCUCAGCGAACUCAACCGCGUGUACGAAUCCAACGAAACGCUCCAAAACGCGAAAAAUCUCGCCACCGGACUCAGCCUCGCCUUUUACCGCUUCGCAACUGAGCAACUCGAGUACACGUGGAAGCACAUCUACCCGAAAGCCGUCGAUCGAAUCAUGAACGAUCUGCACGGUCUGAUGUCGAUCUCCGAGACGCUCAUCGGGAAAGAUGUCGAGGAAAUGAAGGCGAUCUUCGACGAGGCGAAGACGGUCCGAGGGAUCAGUGUGGAACGCAAGGCGCUGUUCGUUUUGGCGAGAGCGGUGAAGAGUGAAAAGUAUUUGGAGGAGGGCGCGCUGUUGGAGCACAUCUCCCGCCUCAAGUUGGACUUUACACAGUUUGAGGCGGAUUUUACGGGCGCCGCGGCGAGUUUGAGCGGCAUUCGCGACAAUUUCAAUGAGCUCUUCGGAUUGGUGAAACGGAAAGGAAACGAGCAGAUUAUGUGAGUCUUUGUUUGAAUUGACAUUGGGUUCUCAUUGCUGUUUUCAGUGUGGAAGACCUCAAUAUACUUGCAAUUAUCGGAAUAUGUUCUGGAAUCUUGAUGCUAAUCCUUUUGGGCCUCAUCAUUGGAUACGGAUGCACAAAGAACGGAAGGAAAAAGUAUAGGAACUGGUACUUGUACUACUUUCCGAAUAUGGACGAGUUCGAGCGACGAUGGAGGUACUCGGUCAGUGGUUUUCUCAUAAUCCGAUGAUAUCAGUGUACUUUCAGUUGUUCCUCGACCGAAUGGACGGAAAAAACGCGUUGCUCGAGGCGGUGGCCGAUUCGAAUCCGACGAACACUCUGAAAGCACUCAGGAAAGGAGCAUACGUCAAUGUCUUCAAUCGUUUGUCCAUUUUUCAUUGUUUCCUUUUCACGCUCUUUCAUUUUCAGAAAACGGCAACACAGCCUUGCACGUGGCCGCGAAUCUCGGAUACUGGGAGAUUGUGGCGAUGCUGAUCAAGCACGGAGCCGAUCGGGAACAACUGAACUACUUGAACCGAACCGCCGAGCAGGCGAUCCCCGACAAUUAUAAAGUGUCUUAUCGGGAACUGGCGGGCAGCUACGACAAGACCGUCGAGAUAUUCGAAAAGUAUCGGAAGAAAAAGUUUAGGAUUAGUGAGUUGGAACAUCCGAAACACUUCCGAACUCUUUUCGCUUUUCAGUGGUGCCCGAGGAGUUUCCGACGAGCUCAUUCCACAUUUUCAUCGAGCCACGAACCGAAGACACUGUCACAAAUCAGUUUAUGGAGCACUUUGAAGCGAUCGCGUUCAUCGAGCCCUCGCCGAAUAGCACGCACGUGGUGGUGAAGACGAAUGCGGACGGGAUUCUGGAGACUGACGAUCUGAACCUGCUCGUCUGGAUCUUCAACGGAGCGAUAAUAGUGAAGGAGCAGUGGAUGAGCGAUUGUCUGGCGGACGCGAAAUUGAUCGGAUCGGACGAGAAGUACGUGGUCGAGAGCGUCCGCUACAAGGGACUCGUCUACGAGAACGCCGUCGUUCCGUGGACGACCGCCCUCGCCAAGGGAGCCAUGCCCUUCCUCUACGGCGUUCAUCUCGUCGUCGUCAUGCAAGAGUGCCCGAAUCGUGAGUUUUUACAAUAUUUUCGAGCCCAGGACCCUCUUUUCCAGUCCUCCUCAUCCACAACCUCGUCAAGAGUCUCGGCGGCACAGUGCUCGAAGAGUUCCCGCAAAAGGAGCAGUUCAACCGGGGAUCGCAUCCGUACCUCCACUCGAAUCUCGGUCCCAUCUUCAUUCUCCACGACGGACGCAGCGAUCUGAAAGCGUACAGGGAAGACGUGGAUCGCAUGUUCACAGUGUUCACCGAGCAAGAGUUCAUCGCGUUUCUGCUCAAAAGGCACGUACACGUGGACACGACGAAGGAUCUGAUUCAAGUUUUGAUCGACGAAGAGGUGCCGAGUCUGCCGUCUCGUCAAUUGACAAGUGCUUCUACUACUAAUGUGUCGAAAAAAUAA